AUGAGCCGAGUUUUGUCCUUACCUAAACUGUUUAUUGAAUGUGUAAGAGAAUCAAAGAAAUAUCCUACUUUGCGUGAGUACGUUAGGUAUGUUUCCAAAAGAAAAAAGUUUCACGGGGAUUUGGUUACCGUUUUUCCGUUUAAUGUUUUCUUUCAAAUUAAAAACGUGCAUGAGCGCUAUCAGGAGGUAUUAAAGAAAGUUAAAGUUAAAGUUACCGGAAAUAACAAGUCACCCGAAAAUUUUUUUCAAUUACUGAUGCAAAGUUCCGAUCAGCGCAAAGAGUGCAAUGAAGAUUACUUUGUCGAACAUUUUGUCAGAGCUGCUAAAACUCAACUGUGCUCAUUGCCGCAAUUUUUCCACUUUUAUACGACUAGAAUUGAAUUUUCGCGCCGUAAAAUUACGUCACCGCCGAAAAAACCGUCAACAACUAUUUCAAAGACAGCGACUUCGUGA